CGUUUGUCCAAGGUCUCUCCAUAAAAGCGCCUCAAUACUCAUUCUCCCGGGUACCUUCGUUUUCUGUCUAGGGUUUUCGAAAUCCUCUCUUUCUCUCUCUAGAUUUACAGAGAUUCGAAGCAGAAAAGCAGAGACCAAUGGCGGAUGAGGUACAGUACGCGUCUGGUCCGGACUCAGCCACCAACAAGAGGAAGUACGGUGACCAAACUCCGCCACCUCCAUCGUCCGGCACGCGGCGGGCCACCGGCUUCUCUGCUCCAAUCGCGUCUCAGUCACCAGAUUCGGGUCACGCGCCGUCGUCGUACAACAGCGUUCCCCCACCGGUCGAUGACUUCCAGAUCGCGAAGCAGCGUGCUCAGGAGAUAGCCGCUCGUCUCUUCAACAACGUCGAAGCUAAACGCCCUAGGGUUGAGAAUGGCGGUGGUGGUUUCGAUUCGAAUGACAAUUCAGGACAGAAGCAUAUGUUUUCGAAUAUGGCUCCUUCGUCUAUUCCCGUUUCAUAUGGUCAGCCAGGCACAAGCAAAAAGAUCGAUAUACCGAAUGGCAGGGUGGGUGUAAUUAUCGGAAAAGGUGGAGAGACCAUCAAGAAUCUUCAGCUUCAGUCCGGAGCUAGGAUUCAAGUCACUAGAGACAUGGAUGCAGACCCUAAUUCCCCAACCAGAAUGGUUGAGCUCAUGGGUACUCCGGAGCAAAUAGCCAAGGCUGAGCAGUUGAUAAAUGAAACUCUUGCGGAGGCUGAAACUGGGGGUUCUGGCACAGUUUCUCGAAGGUUAACUGGACACCAAGCUGGAGGUGAACAAUUUGUAAUGAAAAUUCCAAACAACAAGGUUGGUCUUGUAAUUGGUAAAGGGGGUGAGACCAUAAAAAACAUGCAAGCCAGCACAGGAGCUCGUAUUCAGGUGAUACCUUUGCAUCUGCCCCCAGGUGAUACAUCAACAGAAAGGAUAGUACAGAUAGAUGGUACCAGUGAACAGAUUGAAUCUGCAAAACAGUUGGUUAAUGAAGUAAUCAGUGAGAAUCGUCUUAGAAAUCCAUCAAUGACUGGAGGAUAUUCUCAGCAAGGUUACCAAGCACGGCCUCCAACAAGCUGGGCCCCUCCUGGUCCUCCAAUGCAGCAACCUGGUUAUGGCUAUGUUCAGCCUGGAGCAUACCCCAGCCCGUCACCUCAGUAUGGAACUUACGGUGCUUAUCCUCAACCAACUUCUGGUGGAUAUGCCGCUGGCUGGGACCAGACAACUGCUCCAACAAACCAGCAGACCUCUCAGGGAGGGGGUUAUGAUUACUACAGCCAGACACAAACUCAGCAACAGCAGGCUACUGGUGCUCCUGCCACCACUGAUAGUACUGGUUAUGGCUAUGGUCAGCAACCAGCUUCUGGCUAUAACCAGCAAGGGCAAGUUUAUUCGCAGGAUGGUUAUGGUGGGUACCAAACAACUGCUCCACAGCCUGCUUAUGGUCAGGCAGGGUAUGAUCAGCAGCAAGGUUACAAUUCUACGCCUGGUUAUGGUAAUGCGACCAAUCCAACACCAGAUGGGCACACACCUUCAUAUGGUGCUCCAGGGGAUACCAACCAAGCACCUGCUAGCCAACAAGGAUACAGUGCUGGUCAGCAGCCUAGCCCUAACCCUGCUACUUAUCCAUCUCAAGGAUCUGCUCAGCCAGGUUAUGGAGUACCCCCAACUUCCCAGGCCGGUUAUGGGACUCAACCAACUUCUGGAUAUGGCCCAAGUUAUGGAGCACCUCAGGCUCAAAAACCUCCAGCAAAUCCGUCAGCUUACGCGCAGCCCCAGCAAUCGCCAAGUGCCCAAGGAAGCUAUGUCCAGCCUGCUCCUGUGCAGCCUGGUUAUCCCCAUGCCCAGCCACCUGCUCAAUCUGGCUAUGCUCAACAAGAAUCUGGUGCCCAGCGAGCUCCACCCUCCAGUUAUGGUACUGCAACUGCUCAACCAGGGUAUGCCCCCCCAGCUUACGGUGCUCCGCCCGGGAGUCAACCAGGUUAUGGGCACUCCUAUGGUGGUGGUUAUUCCCAGCCUCCGGUGUAUUCUACCGAUGCCAACGCAAGUGGAAAUGCUCCAACUUCUCAGACUGUCCAGCCUAGUGGUGUUGCCAAGGCCUCGCCCCAAAGUUAAUGUAUGGUUAGUGAAGUCAAGAAAUUUAUGUGUUGGUGCUUAUCACUGUUUAUGUAUGCUUUUAAUCAGUUCUAUAUAGGUUUUUGACUCUUUAUGUGAUGCAUUAACUGAUACCUAGUCUUGGUGAUUGCUUAAUAAUUUUCAACUUCAUUAUGGAUUAUUAUUGUUUUUCUGUA